AUGGUUGCUCCAUCCCGCAAGAAGUCCGUCGUGCAUCCUCCUCAUGAUCAUACACACGAGACCACACCACAAAAAAACCAUCACAACCGUGUGAAGCAUGCCGAACGAAAACGAACUGCCAGUAUCAGUCAGGAAGACGGAAUGGAAUACAACAAACGCGUCAGAAAACUCCACAAAGCUUUCUUAGCACAUGGCGAGGAACUCGUGAAGGACAAACAGAAUUCCGGAAGCAACAGUGAUGCAGAACUCCCGAUUUUCGAUCCAGAUUGUGACCCGGAGAACCCAAAGAAAUUGUUGUUUUCCGAUAUCUCGAGUGCAGCAUUCAAUAUCAAGAAUGGUGUUCAACGUACUCCAUGCGUCAGAUCUCUCCAACUAUCCUCAAAAUGCGAAAUGGAUUUAUACUUCAAAAAAGAGUAUUUGCAAGUCACUGGAUCAUUCAAGGAGAGAGGAGCCCGAUAUGCUCUCUCCAGGCUUCCCGAGAAAUACAAAAAGGCCGGAGUGAUUGCUGCAAGUGCUGGAAAUCAUGCCCUUGCACUCAGCUACCACGGACAACAAAUGACCAUUCCAGUGACAGUAGUAAUGCCGGUUACUGCUCCACUCAUGAAAAUUCAAUUCUGUAGAACAUUAGGAGCAAAUGUUAUUCUCAAAGGAGAGACUAUUGCAGUGGCCAAGGAGUUUGCUCUGAAACACGCCACGGAACACAACUUAAAGUAUAUAAAUGGAUAUGAUGCUAUUGAUAUCCUCGCUGGUCAAGGAACUAUUGGAUUAGAAAUUUUGGAUCAAGUCCCAGAUGUUGAUGCCAUUCUUGUGCCAGUAGGUGGCGGAGGAUUGAUUGCUGGAAUUGCUGUGGCAGUGAAGACUCUGAAGCCAGAGGUUCAUGUCUAUGGAAUUGAAGCAGAAACCUGCCCUUCAUUCACCGAAGCUUAUGAAAUUGGUCAUAUCAUAACAGCACAGGCGAAAGCUUCACUUGCCGAUGGUUUGGCCGUUCCAACCGUCGGCGGAAAUUCAUUGGAAACUGCAAAAGGGUUGAUUGAUAAGGUAAUCACAGUGAAAGAAGAAAGUAUUGCAUUGAGUAUUCUCCGAUUAUUGGAAGUUGAGAAAGCUGUUGUUGAAGGAGGAGGAGCUGUUGGGUUGGCGGCAAUUCUGGAAGGAAAAGUGCCCGAAUUGAAGGGAAAGAAAGUUGUGUCGAUUCUAUCCGGAGGAAAUAUUGAUACAACAGUUCUCGGAAGAUCAAUUGAAAGAGGAUUGGCUGUGGAUGGAAGACUUAUUCGAUUGGAAGUUGUUGUCUCCGAUAGACCAGGAGGAAUCGCCGAGUUGACGUCUACAAUUGCUCAUUUGGGAGCAUCGAUCAAGGAUAUUUUCCAUGAAAGAGCAUGGAUUUCGACAGAUGUAUUCCAUGUCAAAGUGAAGAUUAUCGCAGAGACACGUGGCAAGGAACAUGUGGAUGAAAUCGAGACGGCGUUGAAGAAGAUUUAUGAUAAUGUUGUUUUGCAUUGA